AUGAGGAAGUGCUUCCCCAAGAACCGCCUCCCUCUGCCCACUAUCAAGAGUGUGUUCCACCACCAGCUGCCCCACGUACCGGCAGGAGGGCCCGUCGCUCAGCUCUACAACCAGCCACUGGGGGGUGAGGGUCACACACAUACAUGUAUGCGCACAAGCAUACACACACACACGCAUACUAUACUCACAAUGCUUGCUAGCCACUUAGAUCACCCCAAUGGUUAUUGCACACAGUUUAUUCACACGCUCCACCACACAUGCCCCUUUCAGGAAGACCCAUUUACUAGUUCUACACCAUGGGGUAAGACUUGUCACAAUAAAUAGUAGCCUAACCACUACUGAGUCACACUCCUCAUUGUCUAGUAUCAUACUACUAGCACAGUAUAAUACAGUCUCCCCUACUUUAAGGAACUCUAACUCAAGAACUUUCACUCUACUAACAGUUGUUCAUUGAUGUCACUUCACUCAUUAAGCCAUCUGCAGGCUGCCCAAUCGAGACGCCAGCUGUUCUCUCUCGCUUUCGCUCUGUCUCUCUGUCUCGCUCUCUCUUUCUCUCGUCUCCCUCCUAGCUGCUUAUUCUCACAUUUGCCUGUAGGGUCAUUCCACCUCAAAAAGCAUAAAAAAGAGGAUUUUGUCACCCUGUGCACUGGCCUUUGGGGUGGGAUUGGUGUAGUGUGUGAAGGAUCUGUUGGUGGCGUUUGACAAUUUCUUUGGAUUCCUCAUGUCUUACUCAUUGGUCGGAGGAAGUUUGGUCCAAAUCGGAUUUUAGGUUAUUAUAUUUAUUGAAUAUUAUGUGAAUCCUGUAAAUUAAAAGGGCUAAUUUGGGUGCAGUCAAUUAGCUUAAUUUCUCAGAGAUCAAAUCAUAUUUCAACAAAAUAAUGUUGCAAGAAUGAUUAUCUUUUAUGUUGCUAACUGCAGAAACCAUUUCAGAACAAUCUGAGAUGGUGGGUGUCAAGGCUUGCUGAAAUGACAUGGAACGACCCUGCAAUCAUCUCUCCUCUCAUCUAGUACACAAUCCAACCAACCAAUCAGGGCUAAAAUCAUAAAGAUCAUAUUUAGCAUUGGGAUCAUUUACCAUUGGAUUUAAGAUUAUUUUAGUGCUAAAGAUUUUUUAAAAAUACUUAUGUUUUUUGGAAACUCACCCUAGACCCUGUAACCAGUCCGAUUACGCCUUGAUCUUGCAGUCAAUUCCAUUUAAAUUCCAUCAAAUCAGAAAGUAAGCUGAAAUUAUAAUUAAAUGUUCAAUUGUCCUCACUGCUUCUCUGAGAAAAAUGUCAGUUUACUUCCUGGAAUGACUGAAUACUGAAUAGAACUGGAAUUGAGCCCAACCUUUGUCCCUGUGUGUGGUUGCCAGUGGAUGACGUGGUGGACGAGAGCGAUGAUAAUGAGGACGCUGAGACGGAGAACGACACAGAGAACGAGGAGGAGGAGAAGGACCACCACGCCGGGGUACAGUAACCAUGACUACAGCCUUUUCAUUUAAACCACACCUUGUUUGACUGACCGCAAAAUGACCACAGGACAGGUGCACUGCAGUGACCAGACCAACGGACGCAAUAUGCAAACACCAGUGUGACCACAACCACUACUGACCACAAGCACAGCUGCUCUCUGUCCACAUUCUCUCUCUCUCUGAAGUUAGAGUGAAAACAAUUGAAUACACUGUUUUCCAUUGGGAUCCAGCUCCUGCUUAUUUAGGUGUUUUGAUGAUGUGUUCUCCCCCCCUGCAGAAUGAUGACAUAGAAACGGACAUCAGUAAACUGCGACCCAAAGAGACCCAUAGCAGGCCUUUUGAGGAGCUGAAGAUCUAUGAGAGAUUCUUUCUGGAGCUCUCAGAGGAUUUCCAGGUAAUGCAGUAAACCUUUUUGUGUCUUUAGUUGAAUCUUCAACAUCAAUAAAUCAGAUCAAUAUUGUAACAUUCCAUUUUAAAACCAGUGUUUCCCCUAUAUUCAUUGCCGCCACUCCAAAAUAUAUGAUUUAAAAUAUAUAUUUGUUUUUAUUAGUUUUUUAAAAUAAUUUUCGGGAUGGUAAAAGUUUUCAGUGUAAACUUAAACGAUUAAAACCAGAUAUACAGUAUGUAGAAAAGAUAAUGGAGCUAUAUAUUUUUUAAAUAAGAUCCUCUUUGAGAACUAACCACCAAAAUAAAAACUAGACAGUCAGGGAGAAUCUAAAAUUCCAAAGUUGUUAUUGCAUGGGGCCCCCCAUUGAUUUUGUUAUAAUGUUUGAGUCACUCAGAUAGCAUAGGAACAUGGCAUAAGCCAUGUAGAAUUGCAGGAAAUUAGCUUUAAAACAGCAAAAUGUUGUCUCUGCGGCCAAGAGGAUGGUCUCAAAAAUGUUCACCAUUGGCCAUGCCCACUACCACGCCCCCCCACGCUAACUUUGCCACCGCUGCUGAAAAAAAUCACUGUGAAACAUACAGAAGUGUGUUUUUCAUGAGGGGACCACACUGGUAAGUGAUCAGAAAGCUGCCUCUCAUCCUAAAGUUCAAUCUCCUUUGUGUCUCUGCAGGGAUUUAACUUUGAUAACCCAAAGAGCGGUGUGACGGCCACCCCGGCAGCUCCAAAGUCUCACCGCCCCAUCAUCGUUCCCACCGCCCAGGCCCUGCCCCCAAAACACCCCACUGCCGCCCCCCUCCAGGGGGAGUGCCACCUGGCCAAAGGUGAACACCCCCACCCUGAAGCCUCUCCUCCGGCCCCAGCAGCCACCCCGGCCCCAGUCCAUCCCCUGGACCUGGACACCAUCAAUAUCACCAAGGACCAAGAUGGCUGCUGUGACCACAGCCAAAUCCAACCACACCCGGGGCUGGAGCAGGAGCUUGUGCAGGGGCUGGAGCGGGUGGCCCUGGAGGGGGCUGGGCCUCAGGGCAGGGCAGGGGGUGGAGGAGGGGUCAACAGGCACAAUAGACAACCCCCCCUGCUGGCUGCCCGGCAAGGGGGCGGGGCCGAGGAGACGUUAGCAGAGGAGGAGGGAGGCGAGGGGGCGGUGCUGGAGGUGCCGGACACGGCGUUGCUCCUGCCACUCCACGACCCUGACCUAUACGUGGAGAUGGUGAAGAGCACAAGCUCUGUGCCACAGUACUCAGAAGUGGCCUACCCAGACUACUUUGGCCACGUGGCGCCCACCUUCCGAGAACACAUCCUGGAGAGGGUCUAUGGCGUGCAGAGGUGAGACCCCUAGACGCUGAUCUAGGUUCUACUGAAUGUGUCUGUUUUGCACUCCCUCUCCCCCCUGUUAUUUGAGAUUAAGAGAACUGGACCAGUAGCUGGAAAGUUGCUGGUUUAUUGCUAACAGUCAAAUCUCCUUGUGUCACCUCUUUCCACUAACAAUGACUGAUUUCUGGUAGUCGGGUGGCUUAAAGUAGUAUAGAGUCUAAGUGAAGGGUUGGUUUGUUCUGUUAGUGCUCUCCUCUGCUGCUGCAGUGUGAUGAUGAUGUCACUCAGUCCUCUGCCCCCCUACAGGACUAAGAUCUUCCAGGACAUUGAGAGGCUGAUCCACCCCAAUGACAUCCUGGAUAAAGUGGUCUACGACUUGGACAUACAGAGGUGAGCAUCAUCGUCAUCAUCUUCAGUCCAGGAAACUUGGAAUGUGUCUGUGUGUGUGUGUGUCUCACGGUGUGGGUUUCUGUUGUGUUUCAGUUGUCCAGUGAUUGAUGACGGUGAAUCUCUGAAGUUCAACUCUCAGUUUGAGUCUGGCAACCUGAGGAAAGCUAUUCAAGUCAGAAAGUGAGUAUUGUGUCCCAUUGUUACAUAAACUGGGAACAACAUGUAUUUUUUGUAUUCAACUUUGUCUCCGUACCCACAUGUGGGCCAUUUGGUUUGCCUAAAGGUUGUGCUGAUGUGAUCUGUGUGUGUUCCAGGUUUGAGUAUGACCUGAUCCUAAACUCCGACAUCAACAGUAACCACUACCACCAGUGGUUCUACUUUGAGGUGAGCGGCAUGCGCGUGGGAGCCCCCUAUCGCUUCAACAUCAUCAACUGUGAAAAGUCCAACAGCCAGUUCAACUACGGUAAGCGACUGACUGACUGCCUUGGUCAUUUUUGUUGCAUUAUUUAGCCUUUGAUGUGUGGCAAAGCUGCUGUGUGUAGAUAGAAAUGCUAAUUCAGUUUGUGGUGUGUGUAUAUAAUGAACCUCUCCUUAGUAAUUGACUGCAUGUACCGUUUGCAGGUAUGCAGGUGCUGAUGUACUCUGUUCAGGAGGCCAUUAGUGGCAGGCCCCGUUGGGUUCGCACCGGAACGGACAUCUGUUACUACAAGUAGGUGUGACUGUCCUACUUUACCCCCGUGAGCAGAGUCAGUAUCACACAGCCCACCGGACAAGUAGUGCACCUGUCAGGAGAAAUGAGCCCUGUUCCAAUACUUUAGAAAUGCAUCCUUCCGUCUGACCUGUUCCUUGAAGUAACCACAGAUCUAAAUUGGUUGUUAUAAAAAGUAAUAGGGUGGUAACCUUGCUUUGUCUUAUCCAAUAACUUACAGAUCUGUGCUUACCCCAAGCAAACGAGAAAGGAAGGAAGGUAUUUGAACAGGGCCAUCAAAUAGGUUCCUUGUUGGUCACUUUGGUAGAUACUGGUGUCAUGAGUGUGAAUUUGUUUGUAAGUUUCUGUUUGUUAUUGUAUCAAGCAUUUGGGAACUUUUCAACCUCCUUUUACCCAGAAACCACUUCUCCAGGAGCUCGAUAGCGGCAGGCGGUCAGAAGGGGAAGUCCUACUACACCAUGACCUUCAGCAUGACCUUCAACCACAAGGACGAUGUCUGCUAUUUCGCCUACCACUACCCCUACACCUACUCUACUCUAAAGGUAAUAUACACUGAGUAUACAAAACAUUAAGGACACCUGCUCUUUCCAUGACAUAGACUGACCAGGUGAAAGCUAUGAUCCCUUAUUGAUGUCACUUGUUAAAUCCAUUUCAAUCAGUGUAGAUGAAGGGAGGGAGACGGGUUAAAGAAGGACUUUUAAGCCUUGAAACAAUUGAGACAUGAAUUGUGUGUGUGUGUACCAUUCAGAGGGUGAAUGGGCAAGAGAAAAUAUUUAAGUGCCUUUGAACGGGGUAUGGUAGUAGGUGCCAGGCGCACUGGUUUGUGUCAAGAACUGCAACGCUGCUGGGUUUUUCACGCUCAACAGUUUCCUGUGUGUAUCAAGAAUGGUCCACCACCCAAAGGACAUCUAGCCAACUUGACACAACUGUGGGAAGCAUUGGAGUCAAUAUGGGUCACAUCCCUGUGGAAUGCCUUUGACACCUUGUAGAGUCAAUGGCUGUUCUGAGGGCAAAAGGGGGACCUCAACUCAAUAUUAGGAAGGAGUUCCUAAUGUUUGGUAUACUAGGUGGCCGUGGCUUGCUAUAUAAAGCAGGCAGACAGGCAUCGAUGCAUUCAGUUACUGUUCCAUUGAACGUUAGCAUGGGCAAAACGAGUGACCUAAGUGACUUUGAGCGUGGUAUGAUUGUCUGUGCCAGGAACGCAGGUUCCAGUAUCUCAGAAAUGGCCUCUUGGGCUUUUCUAGGUAUUAACGAGAAUGGUGCGGCAAACAAAAAAACAUCCAGUCAGAGGCAGGCCUGUGGGUGAAAACCGCUCGUUGAUGAGAGGUCGAAGGAGAAUGGUAAGACAGGCGGGCCACAAACAGGCAAAUAACAGCGCAGUACAACCGUGUGCAGAACGGCAUCUCGGAACGCACAACUCGUCGAUCCUUGUCACGGAUGGGCUAUUGCAGCAGACGACCACACCGGGUUUCACUCUUAUCAGCUCAAAACAAGAAGAAGCGGCUCCAGUGAGCACACGAUCACCAACACUGGACAAUUGAGGAGUGGAAAAACAUUGCCUGGUCCGACAAAUCCCAGUUCCUGUUGCGUCACACUGAUGGCAGUCAGGAUUUGGCGUAAGCAGCAUGAGUCCAUGGACCCAUCCUUCCUGGUGUACCACCAAUCUGCAGCAACUGUGUGAUGCUAUCGCGUCAGCAUGGACCAACAUCCCUGUGGAACGUGUCCGACUUGUAUAAUCAAUUCCCCGAAGAAUUCAGGCUGUUCUGGAGGCAAAGGGGGGUCCGACCCGUUACUAGAUGAGUGUACCUACUGUACUCUAAAGGUAAUAUAUUUCUACCCCUACACCUACUCUAAAGGUAAUAUAGUUCUACACCUACUCUAAUUGAACAUGUUAAUUAGUAGAGGUACUACUCUACUAGCCCAACAGAGCUCCACUGUUGUGUAAAGCUUCCUUAUUGUCUGUGUUCCUGUCUUCCUGCCCAGAUGCACCUUCAGAAGCUGGAGGCGCUGCGCACCCCUCAGAUCUACAUGCGCCAGGACGUCCUGUGUGAGACUCUUGGGGGCAACAGCUGCCCCCUCCUCACCAUCACCGCCAUGCCCGAGUCCACCAGCAACGACCAGAUCUGCCAGUUCAGUGAGUACUGACUGACCACAGACUACUGAGGUGGGGACUGACCUAGGAUGACUUAAAGAUAUCACUGUCUAUCUGUCACAUUACUGUCUCAUCCUUCUUUGGGGAUGUGUGUUGCUGAGUGUAUUUUUUUAUGUGAUGUGUGUUUGUGUGUGUCCAGGGAACCGUCCACUGGUGUUCCUGUCAGCGCGAGUGCACCCAGGGGAGACCAAUGCCAGCUGGGUGAUGAAGGGCACCCUGGAGUUCCUGAUGGGCAGCAGCCCCCUGGCACAUAGUCUCAGGGAGGCCUACAUCUUCAAGAUAGUCCCAAUGCUCAACCCUGACGGAGUGGUCAACGGCAAGUAAGUGUAGAUUUGGCCUUGUGUUUUAGGUUAUUAUUCCUGCUGAAAGGUGAAUUCAUCUCCAAGUGUCUGGUGGAAAGCAGACUGAACCAGGUUUUCCUCUAGGAUUUUGCCUGUGCUUAGCGCCAUUCCGUUUCUUUUUUAUCCUGAAAAACUCCCCAGUCCUUAACGAUUACAAGCAUACCCAUAACAUCAUGCAGCCUCCACUAUGCUUGACAAUAUGGAGAGUGGAACUAUGUAAUGUAUUGUAUUUGCCACAAACAUAACACUUUGUUUUCAGGACAAAGUGUUAAUUGCUUUGCCACAUGUUUUGCAGUAUUGCUUUAGUGCCUUGUUGCAAACAGGAUGCAUGUUUUGGAAUAUUUGUAUUCUGUACAGGCUUCCUUCUUUUCACUCUGUCAUUUAUGUUAGUAUUGGGGAGAAACUACAAUGUUGUUGAUCCAUCCUCAAUUUUCUCCUAUCAAAGUCAUUCAACUCUGUUACUGUUUUAAAGUCACCAUUGGCCUCAUGGUGAAAUCCCUGAGCGGUUUCCUUCCUAUCCAGCAACUGAGUUAGGAAGGAUGCCUGUAUCUUUUGUACUGAUUGGGUGUAUUGAUACACCAUCCAAAGUGUAAUAAAUAACUUCACCACGCUCAAAGGCAUAUUCAAUGUCUACUUUUUUUUAUUUUAUUAUUUCAUCUACCAAUAGGUGCUCUUCUUUGCUUGGCAUUGGAAAACCUCCCUGGUCUUUGUGGUUGAGUCUGUGUUUGAAAUUCACUGCUCGACUGAGGGAACUUACAGAUAAUUGUAUAUGUGGGGUGCAGAGAUUAGGUAGUCAUUCAAAACUCAUGUUAAACACUAUAAUUGCAAAUAGAAUGAGUCCAUGCAACUUAUUAUGUGACUUAAGCAAAUUUUUACUCCUGAACUUUAUUUAGGCUUGCCAUAACAAAGGGCUUGAAUACUUAUUGACUCUAGACAUUUCAGCUUUUCUUUGGAAUGAACUUUGACCUAUUCUGUGUAGGCCAGUGACAAGAAAUCUCAAUUUAAUCUAUUUUAAAUUCAGGCUGUAACACAACAACAUUUUGAAAAAGUCAAGUGGUGUGAAUACUUUCGGAAGGCACUGUAUAUAACAACCGCACUAUUUCUUCGCCCUGUUUCUCCCUCCAGUCACCGUUGUUCUCUGAGUGGGGAGGAUCUGAACCGACAGUGGCAGAGCCCCAGUCCUGAGCUGCAUCCUACCAUUUACCACACCAAGAGCCUGCUGCAGUACCUCGCCGCUAUCCAGAGGGCGCCACUGGUGAGCCCAACCACGCUUACCGUAACCGCCAUAUGUGUGCCAUAGCCCACGAUACCCUUACAGCGCUGGUCGCACGUGGCUAACUCGGUCAUGCUAACCCUUUCCUUAGCCAUGACCUUAACCAUGUCACUUUCCCUAACAGUUGUGGCGGGAAAGCCAGAUUGAUGAAGUUCGAUUGUCUUCAUAAGUUCAGUCGUCCACUUCCCUGUGUGUCUGAGUCCUCUCCCUCCCUCUGGGAUGUAGGUGUUCUGUGACUACCACGGUCACUCCCGGAAGAAGAAUGUGUUCAUGUACGGUUGUAGUUUGAAGGAGACCGUAUGGCAGACCAACAUCAGCGCGACAUCCUGUGACCUACACGAAGACCUUGGCUACAGGGUGAGACACGCGCACACACAUACAGUACACUCACACAUAUACUGAACAAAAAUAUAAACGCAACAGAUUUUACUGAGUUACAGUUCAUAUAAGGAAAUCAGUCAAUUGAAAUAAAUUAAUUAGGUCCUAAUCUAUGGAUUUCACAUGACUGGGAAUGCAGAUAUGCAUCUGUUGGUUACAGAUACCUUUUUUUUAAAAGUAGGGUAUAGAUCAGAAAACCCGUCAGUAUCUGGUGUGACCACCAUUUCCAUUAUUUGCUGUGCAUUAUCAUGCUGAAACAUGAGGUGAUGGUGGUGGAUGAAUGGCACAACAAUGGGCCUCAGGAUCUUGUCAUGGUAUCUCUGUGCAUUAAAAUUGCCAUCGAUAAAAUGCAAUUGUGUUCGGUGUCCUUAGCUUAAGCCUGCCUGUACCAUAACCCCACCAUCUCCCAUCCAUCCAUAGCGUAUCCUCUCUCCGACACAGACCUCACUGUCUGUUGUCUAUAGGUGUCACACUAUAACUUUUCUCCCUCCCUCAGACUCUGCCUAAGAUCCUGUCCCAGACAGCGCCGGCCUUCAGCAUGGCCAGCUGCAGCUUUGUGGUGGAGCGCUCCAAGGAGGCCACCGCCCGCGUGGUGGUCUGGAGGGAGAUCGGAGUCCAGCGCAGCUACACUAUGGAGAGCACACUCUGUGGCUGUGACCAGGGCAAAUACAAGGUGUGUGGGUGUGUGUCCCAGCAAUGACAAUUGCAAGGUGUGUGUGUGUGUGUGUGUGUGUGUGUGUGUGUGUGGAUACAGCCAGCCUGUGGUGGGUGUGUGUGUGUGGACCAACAACCAGCAGGGGGAGCCAUAGUUCUGUAAAUCAUACAGUUAGUGACUCAAAGCAGCAUCACCAGGCUUAUGACUUCUCCACUAAACACUGUGUGUGUGUGUGUGCCAGCCAUGAUGACUGAGCUGAUGUUCUGCCUGUCGGUCUGUGAGUGUCCAGUGAGUGCAGAAACCUCUGUCAGCUCCUCUCCCUCUCUCAGCAUUGGGGUUGCCAAUGUCAACAUCUGCAGAGCCCAGGGGCAGGCUAGGGUUGCCUGUUUUGCAUGGUCCCUCUCCUUCCGUCCCUGCUGAUUAGGUUAUGUAUGUAUGGGGAAAGUGUUUGGACAGAUGUGCAGGGAUCGUAUUUUGUUGAGGUUCUAUUUCCCAUGGUCCCGCCAAGCCAGUAUCCUCUUUUUAGUUCUGCUCUGCUACAGACAUAUUACUGGAAGCCCUCUGUGGACUUGAGAGAUUGCACGUGGGACAGAAGUGUGUGUGUGAUAAUAAUUAGGUUGGUUGGUGCUUAUAGUUUCACACAUGUAUUCAUACAUUUCCAUCCCCAACUACAACAUUUUCCGUCUAGAUAGAACUGCCAAAGGGUGUGGAGUUGCAAUCUACUGUAGAGAUAGCCUGCAGAGCUCUAUCAUACUAUCCAGGUCUGUGCCUAAACAGUUUGAGCUCCUACUUCUAAAAAUCUACCUUUCCAGAAAUGUCUCUCACUGUUGCCGCUUGCUACAGACCCCCCUCAGACCCCAGCUGUGCCCUGGACACCAUAUGUGAAUUGAUUGCCCCCCAUCUAUCCUCGGAGUUCGUAUUGCUUGGUGACCUAAACUGGGAUAUGCUUAACACCCCGGCCAUCCUACAAUCCAAACUAGAUGCCCUCAAUCUCACACAAAUUAUCAAGGAACCUACCAGGUACAACCCUAAAUCCGUAAACAUGGGCACCCUCAUCGAUAUCAUCCUGACUAACUUACUCUCUAAAUACACCUCCGCUGUCUUCAACCAGGAUCUCAGCGAUCACUGCCUUGCGUGCGUCCGUAACGGGUCCGCGGUCAAACGACCACCCCUCAUCACUGUCAAACGCUCCCUAAAACACUUUAGCAAAGCAGGCCUUCCUAAUUGACCUGGCGCAGGUAUCCUGGAUGGAUAUCGAUCUCAUUCCGUCAGUAGAGGAUGCCUGGUUGUUCUUUAAAAGUGCUUUCCUAUCAGUCUUAAAUAAGCAGCACAAAAACAUCCUGUGGCGUACUGCAUUGGCAUCGAAUAGCCCCGCGAUAUGCAACUUUUCAGGGAAGUUAGGAACCAAUAUACACAAGCAGUUAGGAAAGCGAAGGCUAGCUUUUUCAAACAGUAAUUUGCAUCCUGUAGCACUAACUACAAAAAGUUUUGGGACACUGUAAAGUCCAUGGAGAAUAAGAGCACUUCCUCCCAGCUGCCCACUGCACUGAGGCUAGGAAACACUAUCACCACCGGUAAAUCUACAAUAAUCGAGAAUUUCAACAAGCAUUUUGCUACGGCUGGCCAUGCUUUCCACCUGGCUACCACUACCCCGGCCACCAGCUCUGCACCCUCCGCUGCAACUUGCCCAUGCCCCCCCCCCCGCUUCUCCUUCACACAAAUUCAGACAGCUGAUGUUCUGAAAGAGCUGCAAAAUCUGGACCCCUACAAAUCAUCUGGGCUAGACAAUCUGGACCCUUUCUUUCUAAAAUUUGCCACCGAAAUUGUCGCAACCCCUAUUACUAGCCUGUUCAACCUCUCUUGCGUAACGUCUGAGAUCCCCAGAGAUUGUGGUCCUCUGUAGCUCAGCUGGUAGAGCACGGCGCUUGUAACGCCAAGGUAGUGGGUUCGAUCCCCGGGACCACCCAUACACAAAAAAUGUAUGCACGCAUGACUGUAAGUUGCUUUGGAUAAAAGCGUCUGCUAAAUGGCUUAUUAUUAUUAUUAUUAUUAUUAUUAUUAUUAUUGGAAAGCUGCCGCGGUCAUCCCCCUCUUCAAAGGGGGUGACACUCUAGAUCCAAACUGUUACAGACCUAUAUCCAUCCUGCCCUGCCUUUCGAAGGUUUUUGAAAGCCAAGUUAACAAACAGAUCACCGACCAUUUCGAAUCCCACCGUACCUUCUCCGCUAUGCAAUCUGGUUUCUGAGCUGAUCAUGGGUGCACCUCAGCCACGCUCAAGGUCCUAAACGAUAUUAUAACCGCGAUCGAUAAUAGACAUUACUGUGCAGCCGUCUUCAUCGACCUGGCCAAGGCUUUCGACUCUGUCAACCACCGCAUUCUUAUUGGCAGACUAAAUAGCCUUGUUUUCUCAAAUGACUGCCUCGCCUGGUUCACCAACUACUUCUCAGAUAGAGUUCAAUGUGUCAAAUCGGAGGGCCUGUUGUCUGGACCUAUGGCAGUCUCUAUGGGGGUGCCAAAGGGUUCAAUUCUUGGGCUGACUCUAUUCUCUGUGUAUAUCAGUGAUGUCGCUCUUGCUGCUGGUGACUCUCAGAUCCACCUCUACGCAGACGACACCAUUUUGUAUACAUCUGGCCCUUCAUUAGACACUGUGUUAACAAACCUCCAAACGAGCUUCAAUACCAUACAACACUCCUUCCGUAGCCUCCAAUUGCUCUUAAACACUAGUAAAACUAAAUGCAUGCUCUUCAAUCGAACGCUGCUGGCACCCGCCCACCCGACUAGAAUCACUACUCUCGACGGGUCUGACCUAGAGUAUGUGGACAACUACAAAUACCUAGGUGUCUGGUUAGACCGUAAACUCUCCUUCCAGACUCACAUUAAGCAUCUCCAAUCCAAAGUGAAAUCUAGAAUCGGCUUCCUAUUUCGCAACAAAGCCUCCUUCAGUCAUGCUGCCAAACAUGCCCUUGUAAAACGGACUAUCCUACCGAUCCUUGACUUCGGCGAUGUCAUUUACAAAUAGCCUCCAACACUCUACUCAGCAAAUUGGAUGUAGUCUAUCACAGUGCCAUCAGUUUUGUCACCAAAGCCCCAUAUACUACCCACCACUGUGACCUGUACACUCUUGUUGGCUGGUCCUCACUACAUAUUCGUCGCAAAAACCCACUGGCUCCAGGUCAUUUAUAAAUCACUGCUAGGAAAAUCUCCGCCUUAUCUUAGCUGAUUGGUCACCAUAGCAACACCCACCCGUAUUAUGCGCUCCAGCAGGUAUAUCUCACUGGUCAUCCCCAAAGCCAACACCUCCUUUGGCCGCCAUUCCUUCCAGUUCUCUGCUGCCAAUGACUGGAACGAACUGCAAAAAUCUCUGAAGCUGGAGACUCUUAUCUCCCUCACUAACUUUAGGCAUCAGUUGUCAGAGCACCUUACCGAUCACUGCACCUGUACACAGCCCUUCUGAAAUUAGCCCACUCAACUACCUCAUUCCCCAUAUUGUUAUUUAUUUUGCUCAUUUGCACCCCAGUAUCUCUAUUUGCACAUCAUCUCUUGCACAUCUAUCAUUCCAGUGUUAAUACUAAUUGUAAUUAUUUUGCACAAUGGCCUAUUUAUUGCCUUACCUCCAUAACUUGCUACAUUUGCACACACUGUAUAUAUAUUUUCUGUUGUAUUUUUGACUUUAUGUUUUGUUUUACCCCAUAUGUAACUCUGUGUUGUUGUUUUUAUCGCACUGCUUUGCUCUAUCUUGGCCAGGUCGCAGUUGUAAAUGAGAACUUGUUCUCAACUGGCUUACCUGGUUAAAUAAAGGUUAAAUAAAUAAAUAAAUAAAAAUGUACAGGUCUGUAUUAUAAGCAUGUGUAAAUUGUAGAUAUAUAUUUUUGCAUCUCCCAACUCCCCCUGAGACUCUCUCGAAGAGUGGAGUCAUGGCCAGGGUCAGCCAUUAUCAACGGUGACCUUGGAUCAAUUAGGGUUAAGUGCCUUGCUCAAGGGCACAUCGACAGAUUUUUCACCUUGUCACUCUAACUACUAGGCUACCUGCCGUGUGUGUGUGUGUGUGUGUGUGUGUGUGUGUGCAUGCGCAGUGUUUAUAAGUGUAAAUAAUAAUAAUAAUAAUGUAAUAAUGUGUGUGUCCAGGGUCUCCAGAUAGGCACCAGGGAGCUGGAGGAGAUGGGAGCCCAGUUCUGUGUGGCUCUGCUCAGGCUGAAGAGACUGACCUCGCCCCUGGAGCUGAGGAACCACGCCCACCUGCUGGACGUCGAGAGUGACCUGAUCGAGACACGCUGCAAAGUCACCAGGUCAGACACAUGCACACACCAAGGUUACUAUAGUAAACAAAAAUAAAAACGAUACUGAAACGAACUCAUAUAAGAUAAAAACCAUCAUAAAUUAUGUUUAUUUUUUAAUAUUUUUUUCAAAACUUUGGGCAAAAAUCGAAUGGGGUUUUCAAUCUUCUGAAUCUGGUGGGUAAAUGCUGCCAGUAAAUGCUAAUGUUUCAAAUAGGCCUAUCUUGUGCAUUGCUAUCACUAGCUAUCACUAGCUAUCACUAGCUAUCACUAGCUAACAGGGAAGAAAUCUGGGGGCGAGCACGGCGCGUGAAUGGGCCAAGCUAGAGCAUCUUUUGAAGUUGCUGGAGCCGUUCGCAAUCCACACCAACCAACUUCAAACUGACAGCCAGUUGCUGUCUGAUGUGGUGCUGUGCCUUCUCAACCUUGAGGCUUCUGUUGCAAAACAGAUGGGACAGGUCCACCUGAAGUCAUAUUGAAUCCUCUGGCAGCCAACUUCGAUCCAGCCCCUGCAGCAGCUUGCCAGAUGGACCCAAGUGCAUCUCUGGCACUUCGCUCAACAGAGAUGGAGCCACUGAUGAGGGAAGCAGUCUUUUGUACUUCAGCAAUUCGGACAGUACUGCUGUGGAGCAGCACGACCCCCGAAAGAUGCCAGCACGUUGAAUCCAGCAAGCAUCUCAACCACAGUUCUUCAGAAAUAUAGCUUCCUCGCAUCGAAGAUUGUGUCUGAGGUCACUGUGCAGCAAGAGGGUCGACCUGGCAGGACAUGAAGUGCCCCGUGUGAGCUGCGGAAAUACCUGGAAGAGGUAAAGGGGGGCAUGUUUACAGAGUCACCUCUCCAGUUCUGGCUGUUUAUCCAAAGCUGUGCCCUGUGGCACUGGAUCUGGUUUCUGUCCCUGCAUCCCAAGCGUUCGUGGAGAGAAUAUUCAGCAUGUCAUCAGGCUUGAGAAACCGAACGACCACCUCUCUGGACGCAGAUUCUUCUUGAAGAUAAAACAGAAAUUAUUGUUUGAUUGAACAGAAACACAUACACACACACAAGCUGGCUGGCUGUGAACUGAUAGAUUUGUGAAGAAGUGUUGUAUUGCUUAUGUUUUUGCGGCUUAUUUUAUUUUUGUUAUUUAAUUUUUUACACUCCAAAAACAAGCUUAUACAUACGAAGAACAACUUACAGACACAAACAAUGACUACAUCUCAUCUGCCCAGACCCGCAUGCUCACACCAGCUGUUUUUAUUUACCCUAUUUGAAGGGGUUAGUCAGUGAUGUGCCAUGACUUCAUUUGUUGUUUUUUCCUCUGUCUCUGUCAGUCAGAUAAAGGUAAAGGUACUUGAUUCAGUUUACAUCAACUACUAAAGUAAAAAAAAAAAUUGGAUUGGUGUGAACAUUGGCAAGAGUUUCCUUCAAUCAUAUUUCUUGCAUCAGUCUAGGCGCUUAUCCUUUAAAUCCAAGUCACAUUAGGAUAGAUUUAUAAUUGAAACCUAACCAAACCUAUGUCCUGGCCAUGGAGUUGUAUGGAGUCCUCUAGUGGCCAAAAGCCUGUGUUAGCAUGGGCAGCACCAUUGAGGACUUUCGCAAUUUUGAUUUAGUCAACUGGGAGGGACUUCCAACUUCAUUGGCUGAUCCCUCCUGAUGACCCGUUUGGCAUGACCUGAUGACCCGGUUGGAGUCGUGACAGCUGGGUCAUCAGGAGGGAUCAGCCAAUUAUUUUUACUUGUGAAAAAGAAAAUGUACUAUUUCAAGAUAGAGAUGGCCUCAAUGGUGCUGCCCAUGCUCUCACAGACGCCAUCAUGGGACAGAGAUGUUAUGUCUAUGGUCCUGGCCCAUCACCUUAUUUAUGUAUUACUGCCCCCCAUUGGCAAAGAGUGACAUCCCAAAAAAAUUAACUAUAGGCAUACAACACAUAUAUGGCUCCUAGCCUCCCAUGCAUAGGCUACCUUUUGUCCCUAACUCUAAAACUGAAACUAAAUCAUAUAAAAAUGAAAGUGUUUUUAUCAAACUGAAACUAAAUAAAAACUAGUAAAUCAAGCCUAAAAACAAACUGAAACUAAACUGAAUUUCAAAUAAAUCGAACAACUAAUAGAAAUAAAAAAUAGUAUUAAAUCACAAAACUGUAAUAACCUUGGCGUGCGCGCACAUACAGUGGGGAAAAAAAGUAUUUAGUCAGCCACCAAUUGUGCAAGUUCUCCCACUUAAAAAGAUGAGAGAGACCUGUAAUUUUCAUCAUAGGUACACGUCAACUAUGACAGACAAAUUGAGAAGAAAAAAAAUCCAGAAAAUCACCUUGUAGGAUUUUUAAUGAAUUUAUUUGCAAAUUAUGGUGGAAAAUAAGUAUUUGGUCACCUACAAACAAGCAAGAUUUCUGGCUCUCACAGACCUGUAACUUCUUCUUUAAGAGGCUCCUCUGUCCUCCACUCGUUACCUGUAUUAAUGGCACCUGUUUGAACUUGUUAUCAGUAUAAAUGACACCUGUCCACAACUUCAAACAGUCACACUCCAAACUCCACUAUGGCCAAGACCAAAGAGCUGUCAAAGGACACCAGAAACAAAAUUGUAGACCUGCACCAGGCUGGGAAGACUGAAUCUGCAAUAGGUAAGCAGCUUGGUUUGAAGAAAUCAACUGUGGGAGUUAAUUAUUAGGAAAUGGAAGACAUACAAGACCACUGAUAAUCUCCCUCGAUCUGGGGCUCCAUGCAAGAUCUCACCCCGUGGGGUCAAAAUGAUCACAAGAACGGUGAGCAAAAAUCCCAGAACCACACGAGGGGACCUAGUGAAUGACCUGCAGAGAGCUGGGACCAAAGUAACAAAGCCUACCAUCAGUAACACACUACGCCGCCAGGGACUCAAAUCCUGCAGUGCCAGACAUGUCCCCCUGCUUAAGCCAGUACAUGUCUGAAGUUUGCUAGAGUGCAUUUGGAUGAUCCAGAAGAGGAUUGGGAGAAUGUCAAAUGGUCAUAUGAAACCAAAAUAUAACUUUUUGGUAAAAACUCAACUUGACGUGUUUGGAGGACAAAGAAUGCUGAGUUGCAUCCAAAGAACACCAUACCUACUGUGAAGCAUGGGGGUGGAAACAUCAUUCUUUGGGGCUGUUUUUCUGCAAAGGGACCAGGAUGACUGAUCCGUGUAAAGGAAAGAAUGAAUGGGGCCAUGUAUCGUGAGAUUUUGAGUGAAAACCUCCUUCAUCAGCAAGGGCAUUGAAGAUGAAACGUGGCUGGGUCUUUCAGCAUGACAAUGAUCCCAAACACACCGCCCGGGCAACGAAAGAGUGGCUUCGUAAGAAGCAUUUCAAUGUCCUGGAGUGGCCUAGCCAGUCUCCAGAUCUCAACCCCAUAGAAAAUAUUUGGAGGGAGUUGAAAGUCCGUGUUGCCCAGCGACAGCCCCAAAACAUCACCGCUCUAGAGGAGAUCUGCAUGGAGGAAUGGGCCAAAAUACCAGCAACAGUGUGUGAAAACCUUGUGAAGACUUACAGAAAACAUUUGACCUGUGUCAUUACCAACAAAGGGUAUAUAACAAAGUAUUGAGAAACUUUUGUUAUUGACCAAAUACUUAUUUUCCACCAUAAUUUGCAAAUAAAUUCAUAAAAAAAUCCUACAAUGUGGUUUUCUGGAAAAAAUAAUCUCAAUUUGUCUGUCAUAGUUGAUGUGUACCUAUGAUGACAAUUACAGGCCUCUCUCAUCUUUUUAAGUGGGAGAACUUGCACAAUUGGUGGCUGACUAAAUACUUUUUUCCCCCACUGUACACACACACACACACACACACACACACACACAGUCAUACUCUCCAACUUUUAAACCAAACAUGAUCCACUAGUUUAAUUGACAGUUGCAGUGUGGCCAGCACUCAGGACAGUAGUGUAGCUGCAUUGUUCGCUGUCAUCAUCUUCAGCAUCCUCAUGACAUGUCAAUGUGGCUCCUUCUUACAAAUCUCUUCUCCUCAUGUAUUGAUUUAGCCAUGUAUAAUUGAUGUAUUUAUUUAUUGAAGCCUUUCAAGCAGCCAGGUUAGAGACCUCAGGGCUUGGCUAUAGGCUCAUAACAGUUUUAUGAUUUUAUGCUUUUUAUCAUUCAAUUUUUAAUCAUCAGACCCAUGAUAUCAUAAUAACAAUAGGAUUGGAAUGGUGUGUGUGUGUGUGUGUGUGUGUGUGUGUGUGUGUAUGCACAUACAUAUUCUGUAUAUAUACAGUGCAAGUGUGUGUGUGUGGCCGGUCCAGUGUGAGUGAGUUUGGCCCUUGCAAUCUUUCUCUAAUGGACUGUAAUGGCUCAAGCUCUCUCACUCUGGGAUCUUAACACUCCUCUCCAGACAGCACUCUGUCCAUCCAGCCCAUUACACAAUUACACCCCGUCACACCCUCCUCCUAAUCCACUUUACCUCUCUCAGGGGCGGGGUGAGGGGGGAGCAGGGGUCAAUGUCUGAACCCCCUCAUCCACUGUCUCCAUGGGAUCCUCUUUCAAAGCCCUCACACCAUUAAAAACCAUUAAAAACCACUAAAACCACUAAACCUCUGAGACGUUUAACCAUUAAACCACUAAACUGACGCAUAAAGGAGAUGUCUCUAACAGAAAUGCAGCACGAUUAGUGAGUUGAUGUGAUUUUUUGUUGUUAGUAUACUUUUUAUUACCUGUCACUAGUUUUAUCUUUCUGAAUUUCUUUCUGAAAUCAUAUAAAUAAUGUAUAUUUAAUUUCUGUCCAGACCCAGGUUCAAAUCUUUUUUGUUUGCUUUCAAGGACUUAGAUUUUUUUAAUUGAGCAUGCCUAGAAUAAUGGACUGACUGUUUGAUGUGUUGUGUUGUUGUCAAGCAGCAGCCCGAGUACGUAUGUGCUGGAGGACGAAGAGCACUCCUUCAUGGAGGAGGUGGACUACAGCGCCGAGAGUGGCGAUGAACCUGACAACGACCCCGACACCGCAGACCCCCACGACAACCACCUCUCCGACUCCGAUUACAACAACCACAGAGACUCACUCACCUAGCUCAAAACCCCUGACCACUACCCAACCCUGACCACUACUUAACCACU